AACUUCCUAACCUUCCUCCUCUCCCUCCCCAUCAUCGGCGGCGGCAUCUGGCUCAGCAGCCGCGCCAACACCACCGACUGCCUCAAGUUCCUCCAGUGGCCUCUAAUCGGCAUCGGCGUCACCGUCAUGAUCGUCUCCCUCGCCGGCUUCGGCGGCGCCUGCUACCGCAACACCUUCCUAAUGUGGUUCUACCUCUUCGUCAUGUUCUUCGUCAUCGGCGCCCUCGUCGGCUUCAUCAUCUUCGCCUACGCCGUCACCGAGCGGGGCUCCGGCCGCCCCCUCCCCAACCGCGCCUACUUCGAUUACUAUCUCCAGGACUAUUCUGGGUGGCUCAGGGACCGGGUCGCCGAUGACUCCUACUGGGCUAAGAUUAGCUCCUGUGUUAGAGACUCCGGUUCAUGCCGGAAAAUUGUCAGAACCGUCAACGGUGUGCCGGAGACCGUUGAUAUGUUUUACCAUAGACAUCUCACUCCGGUCGAG